GAGAACACCAAAACAAUCACACAAAGUUUGAGAUUGUGGAAUCGAAAAACCCUAAAAAGAGAAGAGAAAGGUUUUACGAUCGGAGAAGACAAUCAUGUUUCCAGGAAUGUUCAUGCAAAAGCCAGACAAGGCUGCUGCACUCAAGCAGCUCAAAUCUCAUGUCGCCAUGUUCGGAACAUGGGUUGUUGUUGUUCGAAUCACCCCUUACAUUCUUCAGUUUCUUAACCGCGAGAAUGAGGAACUCGCGCUUGACUUUUAGGUUAUCGUAUUAUGAGGUCUUGAGGAGGAUACAUGCUUGGGUUUAGAGGAGUUUCAUGGAAUAAUGUUUUUUUAUGUAACUCUGAAAGUUGUGAGGAUAGUACAUUGUUAGUUUCAUGAUAGUGCCAUUUAUAUGUUUUUACAAUGAAGAUUUGAUUUGUUACUCUAUGUUUGAUUCAGUUUGUGGGUCAGCACUCAGCAAUGAUAAGCUGAAAAUUCAAUUGCAAUACAUAGAUUUAUGGCCACAUUUUUUGUAUUUUGGUUGUGUUUGUGACGAGUUCUAUAACAAUAAUUACAACUUUAAA